UCAAAAAUAAAAGGUCUUAAAAUGCAACUAUUUUCCAUUGUCUGCCUAAUGUUUUCCCUAUGUGGGUUGGUAAUGGCCUUAAAGGACCCAAGCUGCGGUGUUAAGUAUCGAGGCGUCGGCCUGUGCAAAAUGUGGAUAACAAAAAUCGUUUACACGCCCAGUAAAAACUUCUGCAGGACAGAGGGCGUUGCUGGAUGUUACGCCGAAGGGACCUUCUUCGAUAGUAUUGAAGCCUGCGAAGCUAAGUGCAAGGAGUAAAGCUGAAAGAUUUAAACAAAAGGGUUAAUAAAGAAGCCUUAUUACGUCUC